GGAGGAGGCUAAGUGCCAGUGGCGGAAGUCACACUCUGAAGGUCCUCCUGUUGAGCCCCUGGAGCCAACCAGGCCUUUACCAACUCUUCCUGUUCGCAGAAUUCACUCCACUUCAGAAAGAAAACAUGAGAGACAGCCAAGGCCUCCUAGUCCUCCUUUGGGUGACAGGCCUUCUCCUCCUGGCACAAAACCAAACAUUUGUGAUGGCAACUUUAACACCGUGGCGCUCUUUAGAGGAGAAAUGUUUGUUUUCAAGGAUCGCUGGUUCUGGCGUCUGCGCAACAACCGAGUGCAGGAGGGAUAUCCCAUGCAAAUUGAGCAGUUCUGGAAAGGUCUCCCUGCAAAGAUUGAUGCAGCCUAUGAGCGAUCUGAUGGAAAAUUCGUUUUCUUCAAAGGCGAUAAAUACUGGGUUUUUAAAGAAGUAACAGCAGAGCCUGGCUACCCACACAGUCUGGUGGAGCUGGGGAGCUGUCUGCCCCGGGAAGGCAUCGACACAGCUCUGCGUUGGGAGCCAGUAGGCAAAACCUACUUCUUCAAAGGCGACAGGUACUGGAGGUACAAUGAGGACAAGAGAGCAACGGACCCAGGAUACCCAAAGCCCAUCACCGUGUGGAGAGGAAUCCCUCAGGCUCCACAGGGAGCUUUUAUCAGCAAAGAAGGCUUUUAUACCUACUUCUACAAAGGGAAGGAGUACUGGAAGUUCGAUAACCAGAGGCUGAGUGUGGAGCCAGGCUACCCCAGGUCAAUCCUCAAAGACUGGAUGGGCUGUAACCAGAAGGAUGUUGAACGAAGCAAAGACAGGCGCCUCCCCCACGAUGAUGUGGAUAUUAUGGUGACAAUAAACGAUGUGCCUAGCACUGUAAAUGCAGUGGCAGUUGUGAUCCCUUGCAUUUUAUCUCUGUGUAUCCUUGUCUUGGUAUACACGAUCUUCCAGUUUAAAAACAAAGAGGUGCAGCAAAAUGUUGUGUAUUACAAAAGACCUGUCCAGGAAUGGGUAUGACACAGCCUGCUGCACAUUUCAACUCACUGAGCUGAUGAGGACUACAGAUGAGAAAAGAAAAAAAAAAAGC